UAAUACUACAUACUGAAGUCUCGUACGACCCCUAUUCUCGUACACCGGUUCUACUCUGCCUUGAAUGCAAUAUGCCGUCCAAAACGGACGACACCGCAUCGACGACUGGGCAAGUCAAACAUGAUCUAAGGAAGGAUUCCAAGACAGAUGAAACUGCAUCGGCAACCAAGCAAGGCAGCCAGGAUACAAGAAAAUAUUCUAAAUCCGACGAUACCGAAUCGAUGGCCAAGGAAACCAGAGAGGGAAUAAGGAAGGAUUCCAAGGGGUUGACUACGGAAGAAGCUACAGAUUGCACGCAGCACUGGGAAGACCCAGAGCACCUCGCCCAGAACCAAAAGGAAUACAAAAAGUUCCAAGAGGACAGUCGUGCGCGGAGUAAUACCUCGGACGACGACGACGAGCAAGCCGACGGAUCACGGAUCAAGAAGCGCGGACGCGGCGCGAAUGCACAUGGGCAUGCAAGUACCACUGCAUCCAACAAAAAGCAAAAGACCAGCAGCAGCAGUGGCCCGCACGACGACGACGACGACGACGACGACGACGACGACGAGUAUCCAGCCGGCAGAGCAGGCGAUAUAACGCGGGUACCCACGGACGACCAAAAAGUGCAAUGGAAAGGCCCCCCAGGCAGCCGCAGCAUCGACGGCUCAGCGGUAGAAGUCGUCUACGAAGAGAAGAGGGUGGGUGGGAAGCAGAUCAGGGCAAGCAAGGAGGACCCGAGGGUCGUUGUGCAAUGCGAGGCGACGGGGAAGACGAGUGUGCACAGGCCAGAAGCCGUGUAUUUUGAUUGAGCGGUUAGCGAUCCGUAGUUUAGUAGUAUGUAGUGUAGUCAAGUCUUGGAUGGCAUGGCGGGAGUUUCC